UCGGUUCAGUCUGGGGAAGUGGGAGACCAAGGAGGUCCCACCAUCCGAAAUGUAUCAGGAUACCUUGCCGGAUAAAGUACUAGACAACCCGGCAUGGGUGGAUAUGCUCAAGAAGCUGCCGGCGGUGUCGACACCGGCGUUAAGCCCCCUUCGCCUCCCCACGGCAUCGGUCACCACAUCAAGUUCCCCUGGGCUCCCGAGAUCAAAGCCGUGGCCAUCAUCCCCGAGUUCGAGGUUCCCACCGCCAAGGCCCGCGAGGUUCUUCCCGCCGAGUAUCCCCGUGCGGAUGUUACCUUCAACCUCCAAAGGAUAGCCCUCUUCCCCGUCGCCCUCGGCCAAUCCCCUCCCGACCCGGAGCUCAUCAACCUGGCUAUGCAGGACGAGCUGCACCGGCCCUACCGCCAGAUUCUGAUUCCCGGUCUGACCAAGAUCGCGCGGUACAAGGGACCCCAGAGAUGGUGUAUUCAUGACCGCAGAGGAGGCCGGACAACCAACAUCUUACGCCAUAGAGUGAACUUGGUGUCCUUUUUCUUCUUCGUCUUUUUGGUUGAUCAAAUGGCAUCUAUCCAUAUAGUUCGUUUAAUGGAGUUAUCUCGAAGAUGUAACAGCGCUGCGUAA